UCUCCUCCCACCGCCGCUACCAACUCUUUCUCUCUCUCUCCCACGAGCGCUAGGGUUUCCUGCGGCGGCGGCGGCGGCGGAAGGAGGUGGAACGCGGCGAUGGGGCACUCCAACGUGUGGAACUCGCACCCCAAGAACUACGGGCCAGGCUCCCGCGUCUGCCGGGUCUGCGCGAACCCUCAUGGACUGAUCAGGAAGUAUGGGCUCAUGUGCUGCAGGCAGUGCUUCCGUAGCAACGCUAAGGACAUUGGCUUCAUCAAGUACCGCUGAAGUCAGCUGGGCUACCUGCCAGUGAGAACCUCAUCUGCUGGUUUGACAUGGACCAUGUGAUAAGAGGCGAGAUCGUAGUUUGAAUUCCAGUAAUUUAGAUGUCUGUUCAGAACUCUGCUAGUAAAUUCUGUGGCUUAUGUUUUUGAUGGAAAACCUAAUGAUGUCGAUGUUGAACGGGAGUUAGUGCGUGAUAUCUGCAUGCGCGUUGUGAGCUAUGAGUUAUCCUUAUUUACUACCAUCUUAUCUGUUACUCCUGUUGAUCACUAUUGAAAGGAACGUAGUCUUGUUGAA